AUCGUCCUAAUCAAGUGAGUUAUGGACUCUCAGCCCCGACGUAUCCUUAAGCCUUUGCUCCCUUCAACAGGCCCAAAGCCGAAUCGACCGAUUUUGGUUGCACCAAAACGCUUGAAAAGGAUUGUUGCGUGCGAAGCUUGCCGCGUGAAGAAGACCAAGUGUUCUGGCGAACGGCCGAUCUGCUCAAGAUGUAAGACUCUAGACAUCGACUGCGAAUACGCAGUAGAGAGUGGCGACGAGAACCGCAGAGUGACAUUAAAACGACGUUACGAUCAAGUGGAAGCCGAACGAGACCAACUACGUGAGCUCUUCGACCUCAUCCGCGAGCGGCCGGAUACAGAAGCAUAUGAGUUCUUUCGCCGAAUACGCACGAGCUCCGACUCGGUACAAGUUCUCCGGCUUGUCAGGCAAGCGCACAUCUUGCUUCCCAAUCCAACCCCGACAUCGCCAGUGUCCUCGCAUCCGGAAAUUGAAAAGCUGGACAGCGAGGCUUUGAGAAGAAGUCCUCUCAAGCUUCGCGCGCGACCAUGGACAUUGGUUGCUAGAGACGGUAUCGUGUCCUCCCUGGUCUCUUCAUUUUUCGCAUGGGAUGGCAACUACAUGACACCCUUCAUUGAUCUGAAAUGUUUUUUGAAGAACAUGGAUGCAGGAAACCUUGCUGUGACAGAGUUCUGCUCGCCGUUCCUUGUCAAUGCAAUCUGCUGUGUAUCGGUAAGUGGACUAGGUCACGAAACUGAGAACUCCAUGCCACGUGCCGAAGGUAUCUGCGGUGUGCGGGCUCAAAUUCAGACGACCAUAUGUCUCGUAUCUUCUUUGAAUCUCUCACAGGCCUUUACUGAUGGCAAUUUGGCAGUCUCUUAUGAUCUGAUCAAAGCUUUCGACGCAGAAGCAAGGCGCCACCUUGGUCACGUCCGUGAGACUCCAUCCUUAGCCACGGUUCAGGGCUUGCUCAUCAUGUUCGUCGUUAGUUGUUACUUAGGUCAAGACAAGGCUGGAGUGAUCUAUCGUCACCUCGGGUACGAUAUGCUCGACCGUCUGUACAUCGAAAAUCGUCUGGAGACCACACGUGAUCCUCUGGCGAAGCAGGUCUACUGCAAAGCGCAGUGGGGCAUCUAUUGCUAUGAAAGCUUCCAUGGUCGAUUGCCGGCCAUUCGUAUGCCUAUUGUUCCUCGCUUGUUCCAUUUGCCAGAGUGGGAUCAGGAAGUCUGUCGCAACAUUGAUAUCCUGAACGAACCAUACACAAGUGCUUCAUAUCGACCUCCUUUCGCACCAGUUUUCGAGCAUGAGGUGUCGCAAUUCAACAAGGACGUACUUGAAUCCGAGACCCCCGAAAAUCUUGGAGCACGCAAGAGAUUGUAUGAGAGAUUGAAAGCGCUCCGCAAGGCACUGCCCAGUCACCUACGCAACGAAAGGAACUCCACCCCAGGUACCAAUAUCUUGAGGAUACACUUUGAUGAGAUAGCUAUGUUCAUACUCCGGCCAGUGCAAGCCGAACUCAUCUUCGCCGACGAAGCGACAACACGGGACCUUCGCAUCGAGCACUGCCAAUACGUUGUCGAGGUGGCUGAGUGUCACUUCCGAACGCAGCUGUCAAGCGACUAUACAAUCAUGUUUAUGCAUGGCUGCUUCCAUGUAUGCUUGACCCUAGUUCCGUUCCUGGACGAGACCAUCUGUCAGGACCUGUUCACUCGUGCGGCAGGAGCCUUGCGGCGCGGCGUCUGGGACAUCCCUGCCAUGCGUCUCGUGAUGAGUGCGAUUGAGGCAGUUGUGUGGGCAAUGGGCAAGAAGGUCCCGCCAGCAGCGAGAGCUUCAUUCAUGGGAGAAGCACCCAAAGACGUCAAGGAUGUAUCUCCUGAAUGGGGAUUUCCUCAAAUGGAAUACGUGCAAAGUCUUCCGGGUAGAGAGCCAGAGAAUCUAAGAGAGAUAAGCGAAGUUCGAGGCAGUCUUGGUGCGCUCCUGGAGAAGUGGAAUGCGCUUACGCUUUAA